GUGAUAUAUGAAACCGUUAUCCUGCCAGCUGAGUUAAUCUGUUAGCAGACGACUCAGGAGAAAGGUGUGACAGGUGUCAAGAUGAGUCAGAAGAACAUAUCUAAUCAUGUGGUCCUGUAUGUCAAGGCGGGAAUGGACGGAGAAUGUUACGGAGCAUGCCCAUUCUGUCAGAGAUUCUACAUGGUACUAGACUUGAAAGCCAAGGGCGGGUCGUUAACCUAUAACAUAAACACCGUCAAUAUGGCACGACCGUUACCUGAAUUCAAACAAUACGCUAAUAGGCUACCUGUGUUUAAACACGGAGAUGAAGUGGUCAUCGACUCCGAUGAAAUCGUUCAAUAUAUAGAUGAGAAUUUUCUGAAACCUGAUCUACGCUAUGAUAACCUACAAGCCCACUCCCAGUGUCUGGACAUUUUCUCAAAAUUUAACUUUUUUAUUAAAAAUGUGAGUAGCACAGCAGAGGGACUUUUAAAUGAGAUUAAAUCAAUUAACGAUUACCUGGCGAGGACGGAAACGAAAUACCUGGCAGGUAACUCCAUCACGCACCUAGAUUGUCUGGUAAUGCCCAAAUUACAGCACAUCCGCAUCGCAGCCGAAGCCUUCAAAGAUUUCCUGAUACCUCGAAAAUAUACGCAUUUUUGGCGCUACAUGGAAACCGCUUACAAUAACGACACCUUCCGUAAGACAUGCCCGUCUGAUCAAGAGAUAGUUUUUCACUGGAGCUCUAAAAGGGAGACAACUCCUUUACCAGAGAAGAAAAGGCGAUUUUAUACGAUUGAUACAGAACCCAAGUUUACCCUGACUGUUCCGCAUUAAAUAUAUUAGAUUAUUUGAGGAUGGAAUGUUUUAUUUUUUUAUUUAAAGGAUCUCUUUUAUCAUAAACCUGUAGUAAACCCUGUCGUAUUCACCAGGGUUGCGAUCAGGAGUAUGGACCUUAGGUAUUUAUAGCAUUACUUUAAUUAUUGAAAGACAUAAACAUCAUCUUGUGUCGGAAGCAGUUUUACAAUAAAACCUGUUUUUGCAUGAAAAGUGAAGAUAUUAUAAUAUACCUGUUUUGUUUAUAAAAUGCAUGGACAGUUUCAGCUUUAGUGUGGCCAGAAUUUUUAUAACAAGAGAGGAUUGUUCCAUGGGCAGAAGUAUUAAUGUUUGAAUGUUUGGCAGAGAUGGAGGUGAAAAUUAUUGGUGUACAAACAUGUUUUGGAUAAGGAACUCGAUCAGCAGAAAUAAUUGUAUCUUAGCGUUGAUCAUAACAAGAGAAAAUAGAGCGUGGAUAUAGCGAACUUUGAUUGAAAAGUAUAUCUUCACCCAAAGACACCCUCAACCCCACACCUAGAGAUACCCACUGCCCCCCCCCCCCCCUUGCCACCAUUACUGUGUAAUUUACUUAAGUGACUUGAUCAAAAUAAUUUAUAUACAUGAUUGUACAAACUGAUGUCUAAAUCUACACAACUCCAGUUUCAGUGGACAUCAAACUAUUAGACUUAAGUAUUACUAGAUCCAUUUUCAGUUCCCUAUAUUAUCUAGUCAAAGCUUGUAUUCUAGUUACCAUGGAUACCAGACUCUAGUUACUAUGGAUACCAGACUCUAGUUACUAUGGAUACCACACAUCUAUUUUUAGUUAAAUAUGCCUAUUUCAUUUCUGGGAAGUUUCUACUUCCCGUAUAUAAUCUAGUCAAAACUAAGAUUCUAGUCGUAUAUAAUUUAAAUGGCUGUCUAAGUUAUAUUCUAGUCAUAUAUAAUUUAAAAGGCUGUCUAAAUUAACUAUAUUUCAAUUUGUAAAUUAAAGCCGCUGACCGCCAUUUAAAGUAUAAUUGUAUGAAUCCCUUGUAGAUUGUGAUAUUUGAGUGUGUCAAAGGAAUAUUAGUCCUAUCUAUGGUUCAGUUUUGUGACUGUCUGAGUAUAUAUACAUGUAUAGUCCUUAAAUAGUUUACAGGUGUUCAUGUGACCCUAGGUGGAACUAUAGUUUAGGGCUGUCCAUGCAGGUACUAAUUAAGUGUUAAUAACAUUGGUGGCAUUCAGAGGGGGUGAUGGCCUUUGGCAUUUAUUUCAUGAGGGCAUCCAAUCAAAGAGUGAAAUUAAUAUUAAGGGGUUAACAUUUGUUGUACAAAUUGCCCUAUUCAAUUUCAAUAAAAGUUUAUGUCAUCUAAUUUUACAUUUUAGAAUUGUCUCCCUUUGUUAGUACUGAACCACUAGAAUCCAGUCUUAAUGGUUUACACCGUCAUGGAGUUGGCUCUAGGCAUUACCAAAACUAUGCAUGUCACUGCAUUUCUGAGAUUGUAAGGAUGCUUUUGUCAUCUGUUUAAUGAAGUUAGGGAGAUUUUGAUUUCUGCACGAAAUUAAACUAGGACUAGCCAACUUUUUUGUUUUAUUAAUUACAAAUUAUAUACUUUUAACAUUUUUGCAAUUUAUAAUAUAUAUAUUUUAUCAAUUUUAUUAUCUAGUCAACAAUAUGUUUUACUGCUAAUUAAUAAUAUUUACAAGAUUUUUAAGAUGUUUAUGUUUUAUCUAGUCACAAAUAUUUGCCAUUUUAAGUGUCUUGCGUCCUAAGAAUCUCGUGACAUGUCUAGUGUCCAGUAACAACCCUGUAAAUUUCGAAGCAUUUAUCUCAUAGGUAUUAUGUAAUGUUUAUCAAGUUAAGCCCCCCUGACACAAUUUUCUUUCCGCAAUGGCGUGCACUUUGGCAUAUCAAUGAUUAUAGACUUCGGGAACGAGCAUGAGGAGUGCGUGAAGAGUGCAGGCGUGCGUGCCAUGUCGUAGAAAAAUUUUUGAAAUUUUCUAAAAUUCGGCAUUGCAUCGAUGUUCGUACCUCUUGUGUGAACCAUGUGUACAAACACGGCUGACAGUGCGUAUCAAUGCAGGAAGACAGUGGGAACUAUGCGUGUUGUGCAGGACACUGCGUUAGGGCAGACAUGGACUAUGUAAAAACAAUAGUUAACCUAUGCGUAAACAAAUAGUGGUUGAACGACCCUGCACGUAUGACGUCAUUUGUGGAUUGUGCGUUAGGGUAAGGCUUGGUCCAGGGUUAGGGUUAGCGCUAGCCCUGUUUACAUCUCUAGACUUUGACUAAAUCUGCAGGUCCUAACCCUUACCCUAACCCUAACACAUAAUCCUACACAGUGCACAAUGGGCCAACAGGGUGCAAAGAGGCCUUCACCGAAAUGGCACGUCUUGCCACGACAUAUUGCGUGGCAUUGCGGUGACAAAAAUCGCGGAAGUGUCUAUGAUGUUUUAUUGUUUAUCUAGUUGUUCACCAUAGUGACACCAGCUAGUUUUAUAAAAGUUCAAACAUGGUUUCUUAUUUGACAGCCCCGCUUGUACGUGACAAGGAGUAGGGUCGUGGGUUUUCUCCGAGUCUUCUGGUUUCCUCCCAAUGCUAAAGACCCCUACGCGCAAACGAAUUAUUGAAAUAAAAAAAUAAAGCACAUGUUAGUCCCGAAAUGACCUAGUUUGUGUCGAUUGCUCUCUCUCUCUCUCUCUCUCUCUCUCUCAUUUGACAGAUUUUGGAAUUUUGCAUCUCUAGCAAACUUCAAUUAUCAUGAAAGUUAAGUCUCUAGGUGGAAUAUGGAGUUCUCCUGUAAACUUAUAUAAGUUCAUUAUCAUUCAGGACAUAUUUAAAGUUAUCGCUCUGGGCCCGUUUCUCGAAAUCUUAACUAAAGAUAAAAUCCAAAUUUUAGUAGAUACUUUAAUUUUGAUUGGCUAAGCACUAAAAUCAGUCUAAUAUUAUUCAAUCAAAUUAAUAAAGUUUGGAUUUUAUCUUAGUUAAAAUUUAAUGAAACAGGCCCCAGGUUGGAAGUAUAAACCACUAAACCUAUCACAUAAUUAGGUCUUAGUUUUUAGGGUUGCAUAAAUAUUGAUCGUAUAAAAUGUACGACUGGCAAAGUUUUCAAACAUAAACCUUGUUUGAAACAUAAAUAAAUUCAUUAUGCUCUGGUUUCAAUCACCCUUGACAGCUGUGUCAGACCACUAAUUAUUUCAUUAUCAAGUGUAAUGUAAAGUUUAUAUACUGAUUAACAACUUUACUUUCAGUUUGUAUAUUUUGUUAUAUUUCUGUCAGAAUAUUGACUUAAUCUUAAAUCAACAUUACCUGUUGCACACUUGACACCAGAUGGUGCACUUAUAGCAACUAUUUUUAUAAUUUUAUGACAUAUAGCAACUAGUUUUAUAAUUUUAGGACUUGGUAAGAUGUUAUAAUAGACAUUUUACUGGGGUUUAACAUAUCCUACUGUUCUGUUCAGACCAGAGAGAGAGAGAGAGAGAAAUGGGGUUUAAUGUCCACUGGACACAAACUAGGUCAUUUUGGGACUAACACAUGGUUCAAUUUUAUUUCAAUAAUUUGCUUGCACAGGGGUCUUUAGCAGUGGGAGGAAACCGGAGGACCCGGAGUAAACCCAUGGUUGGCUCAAUGACAGACCGUAUGAUACAGCGCAGCAUGCAUGUGCUAACCAUUUUGGGACUAACACAUGGUUCAAUUUUAUUUCAAUAAUUCACUUGCACAUAGGGGUCUUUAGCAGUGGGAGGAAACUGGAGGACACGGAGAAAACCCAUGAGGUUCGACAGGCGACCCUAUUCCUUGUCACAUACAACCGGGGAAUCGAAACCCCGCCAUGGUUGGCUCAAUGACAGACCGUAUGAUACAGGACAGCACGCAUGUGCUAGGGAUUCGACCAUCCAACCCUCCCUGUUCAGACUGGACUAAUGACGACAGACACACCAUUCGAGGGUGCUAAGGUGAAGAUUUUGCCCAGAAAGUCGCACUAUAUAAUGGCCUGCUCUUAUUUUAAAUUCCAACUUUCAUGGGUUCUUUCUUGUGUGCACCCCAACAACUUGACAGUGCCCUUUGCCAGGCCCGCCUGCCUGCACCACUGACAAGGGGGAGCCAUUCUAUAAAAAUAUCAUGAACUGUCUCGACCGACACCUGUGGGCUGGAACACAAGACUUUAUUUGAAUUUAAACAUUUGUCUAACUUGUGCAGGACUUUUAGAAAUGUUUGAUACCGGGCUUACUCUUUAAAAUUAGUUGUGGGAAUUUUCUAUAUUUAAAAUAAUCAUUGAUCGAUAAAAACCAAUUCAGUAAUUUAUUUUUAAUUUGGGGCUGGUGCAGAAAAAUAGGACAUUAAACCACAUUUUAUUUAAAUUUAAAUUUGAAGCUGAAAAAUAGGAUGUAAAACCCAAUUAUAUUUAAAAAUAGAGAUUAGUGCAAAAUCAAAAAAGUAGGACAUUAAACUCCAUUCCAUUUAAAUUUGGGGCUAGUGCAAAAAACUAGGAUGUUAAAAAAACGCAUUUAAUUAAAUUUGGGGCUAGUGCAAAAAAGUAGGAUGUCGUAAAACCGCCUUUUAUUUAAAUUUGGGGCUAGUGCAAAAAAGUAGGAUGUCGUAAAACCGCCUUAAUUUUAUUUAAAUUUGGGGCUAGUACAGAAGAGUAGGAUGUUAAAGGCCAUUUUAUUUAAAAUGAAGUGAAUGAGUUGGUAUAGAAAGUAUUUAUAUGUUUAUCAUGUGAGAGUUAUUGUAUCAUGGUGGAUGACAUGUGUUAUAGAUUUAUUUAUAUCAUGACAGGAAAUAAAACAGGUUGUCUAGUAUUAUACUAAUACUAUAUAUACCAUACUUAUACUGACAUAUAUAUACAUAUUACAUACUCAUGUUGUCACAGGAUUCUAACCACAACUAUAUAUAGAGUCAGUCUGUCCAACUAUAAUAGGUGACAAGGAGUAGGGUCACCUGUCCAACCUCGUGGGAUUCCCUCACACUGCUAACAGAAUUAUUGAAAUAAAAUUAAACCAUAUGUUAGUCUGGAAAUAACCUAGUUUGUGUCAAGUGGACCUUAAACCCCGUCUCUCUCUCUCUCUCUCUCUCUCUCUCUCUCUCUGUAUCUCUCUCUCUCUCUGCAGGUCUAAGGAAAUUUAGUCUUCCAAAUUUUACCACUACAUAUAUUUUAUUAAUAAAAAAACAUGACGGUGUAGAAUUUCAAUGAAAAAUUUAAUACAUCAUAUUCAAUAAUGUUUCCAUUUUAGGAAAUCUUUCAAUUUUCAGUUUUUCUGUUUGUACAGUUUGUAAUUUGAACAAUUUUCAGUUAGAAUAGUUAUCAAUAUAGAUCUGAUAUGUGAAUAAUUCCUAAAAAUAUCAAAACCAAUAUCAAUGGUCUACAUGUAAAAAUUAUUUUUUAACAACCUAAAAAUCUGAUGAAGGGGUUUGAUGGAUGGAUAGAUUGAACCUUAACGAAUCUAAACCUCUAACUCAAUAAUACAGCCAUAGACCCUUUCCAUAUGCCCUUGUCAUCCUUAAACUUAGUGAUUUUUUCGAGAAUGUAGUUUUGAUUUUUGAAUCAAAAUGAAGUUGUGAUGUGAUAAAAGUUUUUUUUUCUGUUUUAUUUUAUUUUUAAAGAUGCAUUAUGUAAGAGGAAAAUCUGUCUAUUGCAGGGUUUUUAUUUUGGCUUCAAAUGUUAUAUAAAUUAUUUUUUAGACAUUUAUUAACGUGACCAGCUUAUAAUCAACUCUCUAGACCAUCAGAUGACACAGAUGUAAACAGACUAUAAUCAACUCUCUAGACCAUCAGAUGACACAGAUGUAAACAGACUAUAAUCAACUCUCUAGAGCAUCAGAUGACACAGAUGUAAACAGACUAUAAUCAACUCUCUAGACCAUCAGAUGACACAGAUGUAAACAGACUAUAAUCAACUCUCUAGACCAUCAGAUGGCACAGAUGUAAACAGAUUAAAAUAUGAUUGCCAUUUAAUGAUUUAAUUUAAAAACUAGUGAAGCAAGCAAGGCUAAGUCUUGAUUUACAAGUGACGUUGGUGCGAUAAUAAACUCAGAAUAAAGUAAUUCGAAUGAAAUUUUUUAUAUAUUAAUUUUGAAUUAUCUAUUUUGGAACAAUUAAAGCAAGAACAUCCAGCUCUUUAUCUAAAUUUUACAUAAUGCAUCUUUAAGGAAAGAGAUUUGAAUUGAUUGUUUUAUUGUCUUGAAGUAAUUUUAGAAAAAAAAUAUAACAUUUUUAAAAUAUAUAAAUUAUAUGCAAUAAUAAAAAGUUUACAAUAUAUAUUAUAAAUAUUUAGAUAGUUUAGUAUAUUGAAUGUAGACAUGAAAAACUUGUUUACCAAAAUACUCUAAAUGCCAUUUGGGAAAAGGAACAGUUUUGGUCAAUAUUAAUUUAGUAACUAAGGAAUACCGAAAGGCUCAUAUAAAAGGGAAUUCCCCAUUGGUAUUUAUCGUUUUUUGGAAACAAGUUCGUCACAAUUAGUAUGUAGUGAAUAUAGCCUAUAUUUUUUUAUGGAGAAAUAAAAAGUCAAAUAAAAUUAAUCAAUAACCAAAA